AUGAAGGUAUGGACGAGGGAGGUUUGGAGAUCUUUUAUUACUCCAAAACAUGCUUUUAUCUUAUGGUUGGGUGCCCAAUCGAAGCUACUCACUAAGUAUCGAUUACCGUAUCUUGACAUUGAUAAGAAUUGUGUUUUUUGUGAGAGACACUUGGAAACGGGACAACAUCUAUUUUUCCAAUGCUCUUUUGCCUCUAGCAUAUGGAUGAAGAUCAAAGUUUGGACGGGGAUUAGAAGAUCGAUGACUACUAUUCCGAGUGCUUUGAAGUGGAUGAAAAAAGAGGCCCGAGGAACAUCUUGGCAAAGUAAAUCCAAAAGCAUUGCUCUUGCGAGCACCGUUUACCAUAUUUGGAUGGCAAGGAAUAGGAAGGUUUUUGAGGAACCAAGUCCGCAUGUGGAUAGCAUUCAUGGUUCACACUUACUUUCACAGCCCCCUCACAUCGGAGGGGGCCCGCAUACAUUAAAAAAAACUGAGGUGGGGCCCCCUCAUUGUGAGGGGGCUGUGAAGGAGGUUGUACAGAAGAUGCUGUACAAGCAGCAUUCUUGA